GAGGCUCAGGCGCUGCCUGGGUCGGUGCCCAGACACUUCCGGUCUAGGCUCUUGUUCUUGUACUGAGGGCGUGGGUCUGGCGUUUUGGGCACUGUUGGCGUUGGGUGGGCGGCAUCUUGGCGCCCACAUGAGCCAGUGGCAUCAUGCUCGCAGCGACAGGGGCCGGGGACGCGUGUUUUCUGGACAUGCCUCAUCCAAAAAGAAGGGCAAAAAUCACAUCCCAGAAAGGUGGAAAGACUACCUCCCACUUGGACAGCGGAUGCCUGGGACUCGUUUCAUUGCUUUCAAAGUUCCUUUGAAAAAGAGUUUUGAAAAGCAUCUUGCUCCGGAAGAAUGUUUUUCCCCUUUGGAUCUUUUUAAUAAAAUCCAAGAACAAAAUGAAGAACUUGGACUGAUUAUUGAUUUAACAUAUACUCAACGUUACUAUAACCCAGAGGAGUUACCAGAAACUAUUCCUUACUUAAAAAUUUUUACAGUUGGGCAUCAGGUGCCUGAUGAUGACACUAUUUUUAAAUUCAAAUGUGCUGUUAAUGGGUUUCUGAAAGAAAAUAAAGAUAAUGAUAAACUUAUUGGGGUCCACUGUACGCAUGGUUUAAACAGGACUGGCUAUCUCAUCUGUAGAUAUUUGAUUGAUGUAGAAGGCAUGAGGCCAGAUGAUGCAAUUGAAUUAUUCAAUAGAUGCCGAGGACAUGGCAUAGAAAGGAAAAACUACAUUGAAGACCUUCAGAGUGGUCCUAUCAGAAGGAAUUGGGGUUCCAGUGUAUCCAGGUCAAAUGGUUUUGAAGAAUUGACACAUCUCAUGGAGCCAGUCCAUACCACUAAUAAGUUUGUUCAUCAAGGACCUAGGUAUAACCUACACUGGACUCGAGAUUAUCCAAGACCCUCUUGGCAUUACCACUCCCAGAACCAGGAGUUUCAUCAGUCAGUCAGGGUAGAAGAAUCAAGUACAAGACAGGGAAUACACAACUGUUCAGAGGCAAUUGGGAAAGGAACUUAG